CCUGCUAUAGGUAUGUGCUUUAUCCGCGGAUUGUCUUAAAACUCGGGGAAAUGCGUUGAUGGAGAGCGAGAUAAACAUGGCCAGUUCGAGUAAAGCGACUUUAAUCUUGCUCAUCUACGGAAUCUUAAUGCACUACAGCGUCUUCUGCACACCUAUCGGACUAAGUUACCCUAAGAUUAGACUUGAAAACGACGCCUUCGACGAGGAUGGGAACGCACUGUCCGACAUGGGGUUCGACAGCGAUCAGAUUGCCAUACGGAGCCCACCAUCCCUGAACGACGACCCGUACUCUCUAUACUACCCACCGGAGAAGAGACAAGAAAGGCAUGCUGAGGAAGAAUUAGAUAGAGCCUUGAGGGAGAUCCUGGGUCAGUUAACAGCGAGACAUUAUCUGCAUUCUCUGAUGACAAUUCGUGCAGGUGAAGACAACAGCAUGGAGGACGAGUCGGAGCCCUUAUCCAAGAGACAUUCAGAUGGGAUCUUCACCGACAGCUACAGUCGCUAUAGAAAGCAGAUGGCUGUGCAGAAAUACCUGGCAGCGGUUCUGGGAAGAAGGUACAGACAGAGAGUUAGGAACAAAGGACGCCGACUUGCCUAUUUGUAGCGUUGUUAAAGCGCCCAAACUGCCCUCCUGUGUAUAUACAUCCAGUCGUUAAAUCAAAGUCAUUCAGAUAUACCUGACCAACCAGUGGAUUGCGCCUGUGUUCUUUCAACAUGUAUUUAUGUAUGAAGUAAAGCCAUUAAAAUGAAUAUUUUAAUAAUAAUAUCGGUUUUUUUUCUUUUUGUACAAAAGCACUUGAUACCGCACAGUUAUACUUUGUGGACCAAUAUUUUAUUUUCGUGUUAAGAUGUUGAAAACAAAUCAAAAUGACUAAAAAAUAAAAUAAAAAAUAAAAAAAGAUAAUAAAAGACAAAGAAAAAAAAGAAAAAGAAAGAAAUUAGGAAAAAAAAGAUAAUUGUGCACCUUCAACGUUAUGCGCUUGAAAUCUUUUAAGGUCAUCUACAUAUGCAGAAAAUAAAUAGAUUAUAAAAAGACAAUCAAAGUAUUGAAUGUUAUACUUAUUUUUGUAACCAACGUUCUAUUUUUUUAGUGUUGUUUGUUUUCCAAACAGGCCCAAAGAAGCAGUGAGCAUGCUAUGUGAGGCAUAUCCGGCUUAUCCUAAAUGAUAGAUGUUACCCCUGUCCACCCUUCUCUGUGCCCCCUUAAUGGGAGCUCUGUGGGUUUGUAGAGCUUGCUGCCCCUUCCAGGGGAAUUCAGAUGGCUUUUCUUGUACAGCCUCUCAUUUGAUGGACAACUGAUUGACUUACACGGUCAUUCGUGUAACUGGUGGUAAAAUCCAACCCUCCUUUUAAACAGAAAUUCAAUUGCAGGCUUUUCCAAGGGCAUUAAUGCCUUUACUAAAGAUAAAGGAAGCACUAAAGUUGCUGUUCACAGUAUGCGGCAAACACUGCUUGCUCACUUGCCUCAAAGUCAUUCACUGUAGGAGAUAAAUCAUGCUCGACAGGACUGUGUAAAGAAUGUUCCAUAUGUGUGUAUUAUGUACAGUAUAGAAACUACGGAGUGCACAUAUUCAUCUCAAUGUUGUCUGUUCAGUCAACAGAAGUAAUUGAAAGAGUGUGCUUCAACUGUUGAUUGUAUUUGGGCAGCAUUGCAUACAUUCAGGAAGGACCCAGAACAUGUAAGAAGCAGAAAAUGAAGCAGGUGGAGAGGAAGAGGAAAGGUAGCGUCUGAGUUACAGCUAGGAAUAUUUAACUCGUUUCUUAUUUAUUGGUGCAUGUGGAAAUUGACACGUUGCUAAUUUUUGCUUAGAAACUGCAUGCCAUCAUGCUUUUUUGGACUGUGUUAUUUGAGAGGUGGGCUGUGUUAAGCCUUUUUCAACACCACUGCCCCCUCGGAUGUGUUGGAAAUGUGAACAAGGAGGGCUAGAGGUGGUGGAAACUGGUACUGCACUGACUUGUUGAAUUUUUACCUCCCCUGCUGCUCGCAUCGUGGAUAUCAUAAGGCAAGACACUGUACUCCCUUUUUGCUGAUUGCCUUCGUCCUUGUAGCGGUUUUUAAAGAUUCUUUCGCUUCUAGAUCGCCGUGCUUAGUUUGCUGAUUUGGCAGUGCUGUGGUUCAAUUGUUAAGACGAAGGUGAUCUGGGUUAAAUGUCUACUGGGUAUGUGCAGUGACGAUGUGACAAAGAGAUGUGGAGAGUGUUAGGUGAGAGAGAGAGAGACAGGUAUGCACGGAGAAGAAGAGAGAGCAGGAAGCAAGAAGAGGCAGUAUGUGUGUGAGAGAGAAAGCAAAGUAGGCUGUUACAUAAGAGACAGGUUACAGCACCCAUGAGCCAGAGAGAGGUUGUCACACCUGAAACAAAUAGGAGGUGAGAGCGCCGCUGCCGCCUCACCUCACCUGCCAAAGUUAGAUCAGGGUCAAUGAGUCUGAUAGACAAUAUCAGAUGUUGAAUUCCCUUCACUUAGGUAUCAGCAAAAGCGUUAACAAGAUGUGAGUGAAGCUGGACGAGGCCACUCAGUUUCCCUCUCACACUCCAACGGAGGUGAAUGAAAAAUUCAGCCCUUCGGCAGAGGGAUCUUCCCACUGAAUCUCUGUUAGACAGAUAACUUAUGUAUUUAUUCAAUAUUAUGCAAAUGCAGCUUUAUGCACCCCUGCAAUCCAAGCAUUGGCCUGUGUCCCCCCACGGAAACUAUCAAUACACGCUUU